UUACAUUUUAGUCUGAAUUGCUUUGUUGGUGUUAAUCAAAUAUGUAAAUUUUGUAAUUUGCUUUAUCAACCAAUGCGUUACCUUGGGUUGAACAAACAUAAUCUUAAUAAUAGAAAGUGCUAUAAGAAAUAAUUAAUAAAAAAAAAUUGUGUAGUAGAUACCAUGAACAUUUUAACGGUCGUAUUUAGCUUGGCAAUUGCUGUUUUAACGUCAAGCUUUGAUAUUCCUUUUGAAGAAACUACCGCAUACGAUUAUCAUAGAAAUAUUGGAAUUCCAACUGCGAGAAAACUUAGAAGAGCUGAAGAAAUUAAUCUUAUUCUAAACGCAAGUGGUGUUCACUCAAUUGUUGGCGGAUACACCACAGAUAUUGCAGAAGUCCCUUAUCAGGUUGGACUUGUUAUCUCCCUUCCGUUUCUAUUAACAUCGGUGUGUGGAGGUUCUCUCAUCUCAGAGACCCGGGUCCUCACUGCGGCUCACUGCUAUUCAGAUGGAGUCUUGAAAGCGAGGGCUUUUACCGUCGUCUUGGGUUCUAACAAAUUGUUCUUUGGAGGACAACGCAUCGAAACCACUGAUGUUUCUGUACAUCCUGGUUGGAAUGCUCUUAAAAUCGAGAAUGACCUGGCUAUUCUACGUAUACCCGUUGUCACAUUUACAAACCUAAUACAACCAAUUGCUCUACCUAAACUUGACGAGUUAUCAUACACGUUCACAGGAUGGAUAGCUCUUGCUUCUGGGUACGGACUGACUAGCGAAAAUGCCAGUAUUACUAGGAGCCAACGCCUAAGCUCCGUCAAACUUACCGUCAUCAGCAACGCCGAAUGCGCAGAAACCUUUGGUUCGGACAUGGUUCGCAGUAACAACCUCUGUACCAGUGGUGCUAAGGGUCAAAGCACCUGCCGAGGUGAUUCGGGUGGUCCACUCAUCGUGUACAUCAAGCACUACAAAGUUCUUAUCGGCGUGACGUCAUUUGGUGCUCGAGCUGGUUGCGAAUCCGGUUACCCUGCAGCUUACUCCAGAGUAACAUCCUUCAUUGCCUGGAUCACUAGCGAAUAAAUGUUUAACAAAGAAUUUGAAAAUAAUAAUAAAAUUAGAAUUUCCAUGCG